GGGAGAUUGCGAAGAGUCGCAAUCUUGCUUCAGAGAAAGUCAAGGCACUCGGGCACCCUGGCCUGUCCGACACCUUUUGGACAUUUGCAAAGACUGUCCAGCUGCUCAAGGUCGAAAAAGUCCAGGAUGGUGAGGAACAGAACUUGAGGUACAACAACACCUUGUACAACAAGGCCUUACACCAGGCUGCCACAGCAGCUGUUGCAGUGCUGCGGGGUCCAUCCGGUCCCGUGGAGAAGGCUGCCCGGAGAUUGGAGCUGGAAUUUGGGCGGGGCAUCUUGAGCAGUCAGUACUCGAAGUUGAGCAAGCUGUUAUCGCUGACCAACAAGCUCGCAUCUGCUACCAGAAACGCUGUAGACCUGACGGCCUGGAUGAUCGACUCCUUGACGCUGGCCCUGCGCAUGAACAUGGUCACGCCAGCUAAAUGCACCGAGAAGUUUCUGGAUCGAGACCGGAAGACAGGCGAUGCUGGCUUUUGGUUGUCGCGCAUGCUGGUGGUGCAGGUCUUCGAUUAUGCAGCAAAGCUGGCGAACAAGUUGCCUGAGCCGGACAAGGUUAAGCUGACAGGGAUUUUGGCUGAACUCCGUUGCCCUUCCACAUGUUGGGAGAAAUAUCUCUGCCAUGCUGAUGCUGAUCAAGGGGCUGCUGGAGAGGACGACAUGGACGGCGAGGACCCAGAGGACGUGGAGCGCCCUGUUCCGCAGUCCAAGAUUGGAGCUGUUAAAGAGGGUUUCAACAAAGCCAUUGGCAUGCUUUUGGAUUUGCUGCUGGAGCUGAUGUCGGGGAAGUACUACAAGGAUUGCUGCAUGCUGGCUUCGAGUGAAGAUGGCCUUGCAAAGGCAUUGACAGCUGCACAGCUUGGAAGCUCGGAUGACACGGAGCACGAGGAGCCAUGUGCGCUUAUCACUCAGAUGAAGAUCAUUGUCGACAAGUUCGACAACAGCACGAAGUCCGUUGGUGCCACAUCUGCGGCUCCUGCUCCGAGUUUGCUCCAAAGCCUGGCCAAGGCUUCUGAAGCUGACACACCCGAGGAAUGUGUCGAGCGUGAGCGGCAGUGGAAGGCGGUGCAAACGGAACGCCGCAAGUUCGUGUCGUUCUCGGUACCGAACAAGAUCUCGAAGGACUGCCUAGUCAAUGCGUUCAGAGGUUGCGGCAAGGUCUUCACGCACAAGGGCACCUUAAACUCUUCGCACCGCCUGAUCGUUGCCAGUGCGGAUCUCUUGGCAGAGGCUGGUACCGACCCGUGGCUCAAGGGCACUCCGCCAAGCGAGGAAUGGAAAGAGAUCUGUGCCUUUGCCAAAGACAUUUCUGGGCCCGAGGAUUUCGUCGUACUCUUCGACGGCAGAAUGCGGGAAAUUCGCCGCGUGUCCGAAGACCUCCUGCUGAACCAGCAGCACACCGAGGAGUGCACCAUCGUGUACUCAGGUGGGUGCCCGCCGAGAACUGGUCGCACUCGCCGCGUUCCGCUGGCUGCAAAGAAGGUGGAGACAGGAGCGGUUAAGUUCCCGGUCGCACGCACCAAGAUUCAGACGACGAAGAAAGGCUCCUUCACAGUCUGCGGCGAGGCUUCUACGUACCAAGGCACUUACUCAGGCGUGGAGUACCGUGCGGUUUCUGAAAUGCCCCUCGUGUCUGCAGACACCAAGAAGAAGAUCAUUGCUCCGGCAACAACCGGCGACCUCCCGACACCGCCAGAGGACUGGCAGGAUCGCCACGGCUCCGACGUACCCUUGUUCUGGAACGAGUCGAAGCCGAUAGCAUAUUGGAAUGCCAUCAUUGAGGAGUUUUGCGCGGAGGCAGUGUUUGACCUCACGGCUGGCACCGGUGCUCUGAUGGAGGCUUCUUUGACUGCCGGCAUCGCAUACCACGGGCUUUGCAGCCUCAACAAGGAGCACAUGUCGUGGGUCCAGGCGGUUGCUGAUCGCGCAGCUUGCGGAAUGAUGGCUUUGGAGGGAUCCACUCUUUACUCGGACGAGAAUGCCAAGGCGGUGAAGAAGCAUUUCCCGCACGUUCUGGAGAGCUUGUCCAACCAAGACGACCAGGACGAGGCCUACCAGACGCCUCUGGGGCAAAACCAGUCUCAAGACGGCUUCUCGUCGGAUGCCCCGGGGAGCUUGCGGAAGCAGGCUGUGAAAGACGGCUUGGUCCCCAAGGCUCGAAGGGCCUUCGUCAUCUGGUUCCAGGAAAACUCCGAAGUCAAGAAAGGCGCUCCCAAGCACGAGUUUCUCAAUGAGAUGAAGCAUCUUGGCGCAGUCUGGCAGGGCAUGACCGACAAGCAGAAGGCACCAUUCAUGGCGAGGAGCAAAGAUGAGUUCAUGGCUCAGCGAAGUGCACUGGCCGUUCUUGGCAUCAGGAUGCGGGGCUCCACGACCAGUGCGGGCGGCCCCGACGAGGCGAAGGACCCCCCUGCCGCUGACGAAUCUGGCGGUCGCGUUGGCCCAUUUGAGCUUAAUGGUGCAAGGGCUCCAAUUGGAGGCGGAGCCUAUGGCAGUGUCUACAGUUGCCAGCAUCCGCAAAGCGGCCUUAACGUGGCGGUGAAGGUUUAUCGUGGCUCCGAUGGCCCCGCGGAUUGCAGGCACGAAGUGGAGCAGAUGAAGCUUCUAAUGAAGGCCGUUCCGCAGCAGAAGAUGAUGUGGUUCCCGCUUCUUGUCAGCUCGGGUGUCACGGGCAGACCUUGGCCAUGGAUGGCUACUAGCCUAUGUGGGCCCAGCCUGGCAACCGCACUUCGAAAUCCUGCGGCGCAUGGCAAGCCGAGGACGUGGUCUGUGGCAGCUCAGCUGAGAAGUGCACUGCAGACCUUGCAUGACGCAGGCAUCCUACACUUGGAUGUGAAACCUGGCACUGUUCUUUGGUGCCCUUGCACAGAUCAGGUGCAGGUGUGCGACUUCGGCAUGAGUGAGAACAUGGCACGGCUCCAGAAGGCUUCUCAGGCUCCCAGGUUCCUGCAGUAUGUCACGGCUGCCUAUCGACCUCCGGAGCUGUGGCCCGCUCGUGUGAAUGGCGAUGGAGACUGCGGUGUCAGAAAGCAGCUGCUGACUGCAGCUGUGGAUAUGUGGGCCUAUGCUUGCGUGGUGUUUGAGGUGGAGACCGGGAGUCCCUUGUGCAAGCAGUGGCCCGAGCUGUGGAAAACACGCAGCGACUUAGCCAAUUGCCCCGCUGCAAGUCACACGUGCUGCACAAAGGUGCUUCGAGCCGGUAAAUGGGGGCUGUUUGUGUUGGUCGGCUGUGCUCCAGACCCCGGAAAGCGGCGGUGGCCGGAGCUCUGUCUGAAUCAGAAAUGA